UCAAGGACUUCACAGUAUCAAACUUUUCCCCCCCAGAGCAACAACAGCCUUUGCCUUACUCAAUAUCUGUUUAAAAUGCACUUUAAGAAAAUCUCCUUACUUACCCUAUUCGUAUUUAUCUUCGGGAACAUUGGAGGAAUUGUUACUGAAGAAAAUGUCGCCUUACACUUGGCUUCCGAUUGUUAUCACCAAAUUGGAAAGAAUUUUUAUCUUGACUACAACUCCGAACUUUCCCCAUUGUAUUCCAACAAAACUCCCACAAUUGCAAAAUUUUCGUUGAACGUGGAACUUGCAACUAUUUUCGGUUCUAUUAAAAGAGCAACUGCUAGCGCGACGAUGCUGUGGGAAUGGAACGACCCGAGAUUAGCGUGGGGAAUGGGAAGCGAUUCAACUUAUCGAGAGGAGAUGUUUACCAUUAUUGGGAGAAAUGGAGAGAUUUCCCGUAAAACCAAGCAGAGUUACAUUAACCUUGACCUUACACGGAUUAACGGCACCGAGGUUACAGCAUCCUUCGACCUCGUACCGAAAGAGUUUAGUGAUCAGGUCAUAUUCGAGUGGCGUCGUAAGAACCCUGUAACAAUAGCGCCACAAGUUCUGAACGAGUAUCGAAUGACCAUUACAGCAAACACGUACAAAAUUAGUGAUGACGUUGGGGCCUUGGGAAAGUUGAAAAAGAUUUGUUUAAAGGCUCUGGUUUCUUUUGUUAGAAUUUAAGCAUGAAAACACUUGAAAAAAUUGCUGCCUUUUGAUAAUGAUCAUGGACUUACAUACAUGUUUACCUAUAUAUAUAUAUAUUUUCAUCAGGUUUAUUCAAUGUUAAACUUUUGGUGUUAUUGUUGCGAUGCUUAUUUGUUCAGAUAUUUGUGAAGGAUAAGCAAUCGGAGAAAUAAAUCUUUAGACUUUUUGAAAA